ACCAUAAAAAAAAGGGUUCUAGAAAGCGGGAGAAGCAUUUUGAGUAGUCAACCGCAGCAUGGCAGGAGGAGCGCGGGCGGUGUUCGCUUGUUUAGCGGUGGUGAUUUCAGCCGUGUCCGUUUCGCUGGGACAGAGUACGUCUCAAGGAUUCCAGGUGCAGUUUUCUCAUCAGCACAGAGAGGUGGAGUACGAGGGGUAUGACGGCUGGUACAACAACCGCGCACACCCCGAGUGGGGCAUCGCAGACAGUCCUCUGACGAGGCGUCUCCCGUCCCACUACCGUGACGGCGUGUACCAGCCGUCGGGCGGGGACCGGCCCAACCCCCGCACACUGAGCGAGCUCACCAUGAAGGGGCUGACGGGAAACGGAUCGUACCGCAACCGGAGCGCCCUGCUCACCUUCUUCGGCCAGCAGGUAGUUGAGGAAGUUCUGGACGCCCAGCGGCCGGGCUGUCCCGUGGAGUACUUCAACAUCCCCAUCCCGAGGGGAGACCCAGACUACGACCCGGACUCACGCGGCGGCAGGGAGCUCCCCUUCCUCCGGUCCCGGUACGACAUGGGGGUGACCGGGUACUCUCCGAACAACCCUCGGCAACAGUUAAAUGAGAUCACCCCCUACCUUGACGGAGGACUGAUGUACGGAGUGACCAAGGCCUGGGCGGACGCACUCAGGUUGUUCAGUGAGGACCGACCAGGGCGACUCAUGUCGUGCGGUGACCAGGGCCAUGCGGACUGCGGAGAUCUCUACCCCGCCUACAACACCCUGGGUCUUCCCUUCGCCAACCCGCCCCCACCGAGGGACCACGUACUCAAACCGUCCUACCGCUUCUUCAAAAUCGGCAACCCCCGUGGGAAUGAGAACCCGUUCCUGCUGGCGUUCGGGAUCCUGUGGUUCCGCUGGCACAACUUCCUGACCGGGCAGAUCCACCAGCAGUUCCCGGACUGGAACGACGAGAAGGUCUUCAACGAGGCUCGGAAGUGGGUCAUCGCCUCUCACCAGAAAAUAGUCCUGUAUGACUGGCUUCCAGCCUUUUUAGGAGAAGACCCUGCGAAUUACACAGGUUACAAGUCGUCUGUACAUCCGGGCAUCACACACGUGUUCCAGUCUGCCGCCAUGAGGUGGGGUCAUACCAUUGUGCCGCCGGGGGUGUACAGGCGCAGCAAAGUUAGGUCAGACGGGACGUGUGCCUGGCGCAGCACCACGGCCUUCACCAGUCCCCACACGGGCGGCACGUACUUCCACGGACUCCGCACAUGCAACUCCUACUGGAACUCGGUGGAACCGAUGGAGGAAGGUUUCAAGGGAAACGCCAGCGAGACGUUUGACGGAAUAGAGGAGCUCCUUCUGGGCAUGUCGUCACAGGUCACCGAACGGGAGGACAACAUCAUCACUGAGGAUCUUAGAGGGCGCGUGUUCGGCCCGUUAGAGUUUUCCCGGCGUGACCUGAUGGCGCUGAACAUCCAGCGGGGCCGGGACCACGGCCUGCCGGACUACAACACGGCCCGCGUGGAGUACGGACUGGACAGGGUAGAGAACUUCUCCGAUAUCAACCCCACACUGUUCGCACAGGAUCCGGAGCUUCUAGCAAACAUCACAGCAUUUGCAGCAGCAAACGACUGGACCACAGACAAGUGUGACAUUUGGGUGUGCGGCCUGCUGGAGACCACGGAGCGGGGUCCGGGCCCGCUGUUCAGAGAAAUCAUCAAGGACCAGUUCGAACGGAUCCGCGAUGGCGACCGGUUCUGGUUCGAGAACUACAGACAAAACGGGUUAUUCACAGAGGCUGAAGUGGACCAGAUCAGGAACAUGACACUUUAUGACAUCAUCCGUAGCAUCACCAAUAUCACAGAUAUGGACAUACAGGAGGAUGUCUUCCUCGCCACCGAGUCUCCCUGUUUCCAGCCGAAACAGCUGAGUCAGUUGGACAUGGAGCCGUGCACCCCCGACAGGCUGGGGCAACCGUCGGACUUCAAGCGGCAGACCUUCGACUACUUCAGCGGCAGCGAGUGGUCCUAUGCCCUGUCGUUCGGCGCGAUGGGACUGUUCGUAGUUGGCUGCAUUUUGGUGCUGGCGUGCCUGGCUAAGCGGAGAAAACUACAAGAAGCCAAGGAGAGGAUCGAGCACAGGAAAACUCAGACCGCCAGCUCGACGCGCAGGGAGAGCGGGGCAUCAACCAUACUGGCCUCUGAGUACAUGGGCGGGAAGGAUGGAGAACACAGCGUGCAGGUGGUGCUGGGUCCGGGGAAGGAGGUGAAGGUGCUGGACCAGUGUCUGAACACCGUGCGGACCAUCGACCUGAAGAACCACGCCAGGCUGGACAUCUACCUGGCGGUGGAGCGGAACGGAACCAUGCUGGCCAUGAAGAUUCCGAAAGAGUAUGACCUGAUUCUACAUUUCGACACGAUGGGCGAGCACAACUUCUGCCUACGUGAGCUGGAGAAGUUCUUCGGACAGGAAGGUCUGAGCUGUAACAAACACGAGAUGAAGGGUAAGGAGCUGAUGAGCAGGGUCAAGACCAAGGCUGACCGACAAAAGCUGCUAGAGAGGUUCUUCAGGAUCAACUUUGCCCAGGCGUUCAACGAAGACAACCCCAUCGAAGACAACAUGAGUUUCCGUGAGGCCCAGGAGGUCCUAUCCUGUGAGCUGACCAAGACAGAGUUUGCUCAGUGCCUGUCCAUGAAGCCGGACUCCAUAUUUGUGGAACAGAUGUUCAACUUAGUGGACAAGGACGGUAGCGGGUACAUCAAUUUCCGGGAAUUCCUGGACGUCAUUGUCAUCUUUGCUAAAGGUACUGGUGAUGACAAGGCUAAGCUGAUGUUCAACAUGUACGAUGUGAACAAAGACGGGAAACUGACCAAGGAAGAGUUCAAGAACAUGCUCAGGUCUAUGAUGGACAUGGUGAACACCGAGGUGGAACAGGAUCAGCUGAACCAGCUGGUGGACGCCAUGAUGGAGGCAGGAGGGGUGAGCGACCACGAGGUCCUAACGCUUCAGGACUUCGUCAACAUCCUGGGCGACCAGAAACACGCUCUCAACAGGGCAGGGCUGCCCAUGGAUCUGCCAGGCAACAAUAUCAAGAUUCCUGACACUAAAGGAGUCCAGGCCAGGCCAGGUUUGACAAGGGAGAAUACCAUAGUUCGGCUGAAACAAGUGCACCAAGCCUACCAUAACGAAGCAGAGAUGAUGCGACGCCGUCACACGCAGACGACCUCCGGGAUAGAGCAGGGCCUCGGGCUGCGGAUCGGCACCAAGUCCAAGGUCUACUCCACCAACAAGCUAACACAACGACUCAACAGCUUCAGCAGCAAGGUGCAGAACUACAGACUACAGAUCUUCUGGAUGACGCUGUACCUGCUGGUGACGGCCGGGAUCUUCAUAGAGAGGGCUUACUUCUACUCCAUUGAACGUGAACACGCGGGGCUGCGCAGGAUCACCGGGUUCGGCGUGUCGGUGACUCGCGGCGCGGCCAGCGGGAUGAUGUGGACCUACUCCGUCAUCCUCAUCACCAUGUGCCGCAACACCAUCACCCACAUGCGCGAGACCUUCCUGCACCGGUACAUCCCCUUCGACUCCGCCGUCGCCAUGCACAAGUUUGUCGCCAUGUCUGCGCUCUUCUUCACCAUCAUGCACUGCUUUGGUCACGGCAUCAACUUCUUCCACAUCUCCACCCAACCUGCGGACGACCUGACCUGUCUCUUCAGGGACUUCUACCACAGGUCCUUUGAUCUGCCCAAGUUUCACUACUGGCUGUAUGAGACUACUACAGGCAUGACCGGGGUCCUGCUGGUACUGGUCCUUGCUGUGAUGUACGUGUUUGCAACCCAGUACUCCCGACGUUACCUGUUCAAGGCCUUCUGGUUCACCCACAACCUGUACCCGAUCAUGUACAUCCUUACAGUUGUGCAUGGAUCCGGCCAUUUAGUGCAGGAGCCGUACUUCUAUUAUUUCCUACUGGGCCCGCUGGUCCUGUUUACUUUGGACAAACUGGUGUCCAUCAGUCGCAAGAAGGUGGAGAUUCCUGUCCUCAAGGCCGAGCUGCUACCAUCAGCCGUCACAAUGUUGGAGCUAAAGCGACCGGCUAACUUCGACUACAAGUCCGGGCAGUGGGUGCGUAUCGCCUCGGCCGCCCUGGGGAAUAACGAGUACCACCCCUUCACGCUGACCUCCGCGCCGCACGAGGACACGCUCAGCCUCCACAUCCGCUCCGUCGGACCCUGGACCAACAACCUCAGGAAGGUGUACGACCCCGCCAAGAUCGAGGGACACGAUCUCCCUAUGGUGUAUGUUGACGGCCCCUAUGGAGAGGGUCACCAGGACUGGUACAAGUUCCCCGUGGCCGUGCUGAUCGGCGGCGGGAUCGGAGUCACGCCAUUCGCCGCCAUCCUGAAGGACAUCGUGCACAAGUCAGAGAUGGGGGCCAAGUUUGUUUGCAAGAAGAUUUACUUCCUGUGGGUGACUCGGACCCAGCAGCAGUUUGAGUGGCUGACUGACAUCAUCCGGGAGGUGGAGGAGAAGGACAAGAACGACCUGGUCAGCGUGCACAUCUUCAUCACACAGUUCUACCAGAAGUUCGACCUCAGGACAACCAUGCUGUUCUACCAGAAGUUCGACCUCAGGACAACCAUGCUGUACAUCUGUGAGCGCCACUUCCAGCGUAUUUCUGGGCGGAGUCUGUUCACCGGCCUCAACUCCAUCACCCACUUCGGCCGUCCUGACUUCCAGCACUUCUUAAUGUCACUGCAGGAGGAGCAUCCAGAGACACUGUUUGGUGUGUUCAGCUGUGGACCUCCACCAAUGACAGCGGACGUUGAAAAAGCCUGUAGCGAAAUGAACAAGCUUACCUUCGGCGGCGUGUCCUUCAUUCACCACUCAGAAAACUUCUAAGACACCACAACAUUGUCUUCUCACUUAAAGUUAAAACUUUUGGUCCAACACAAAAAAUCUCUCCCCUUCGAGCAUUCGACCAAUCACUCUGGUCUUCCUCAGUAGA